UAACAUGUGGCCUUGUGGGUUCAAAAAAAAAUGUUGAUCGACUGCAAAGUGCAAAAACUGCAAAAACAUAAAUUUUACGACCAUUGAGAAGUCGCACAGACUUGAAUUUAUUACGAUGGCCACAACGGGUUUCCUUCCUUUGCUUCUACUCCUUAUUUCGUACGCGUCAUGUUUCCAAAAAGGAAUUCUCAGUGAUUUUGACAGUGAUGGUUCAGGGACUUGUCGCAGCAAAAGCGUGGACGUUCACUCAUUUCUCAGCACCAGGACGCCUUAUAGAGUUGUCAAUGGACGUUUAAAAUAUGACACGCCACCUCAAUGCGUGGCGCAACAGAUCUGGAUGACCAUUCGACAUGGGACAAGAAACCCGUCCAAAUUUGUGAUCGAGUCGAUGCAAAAUAUUCUGCCUUCUUUGAGAGACAAAAUAGUGAAAUUGCACAGGGACGGAGAAGGCAAAUUAUGUGAUUCGGAAGCUUCAAAUUUGUUGUUUUGGCUUCCAAGAUUGAACAUCAGUGAAGAAAAGAAUUUAGUGGCAGAAGGAGAGAGGGAACUGGAAGGUCUUGGCACCAGGGUGUUUUUUAAUUUUCCCGAAUUGCUAUCACACGAAGAAAACAAAUUUUUAAAUUUUCGCUACACAGACACCCAGAGAACUCUCAAAAGUGCCCUUCAUUUUACAAAUGGAAUGUUUGGCUCAAACGACACCUCCCAUGUUCAGUAUUCGAAAUCGCCGCACAAACAUGAUCCACUGUUGAGAUUUUAUAAAUCUUGCGAAAAGUGGAAAACCGAAAUUGACGACCAUCCAGACACUGGAAUGCUCCACCAACUUGCCUUCAAAAAUGGAAGCGAGUUUUCCGAGUUAAAAAGUGACGUCGCAAACCGCCUCGGACUGCAAGAUAAUGCUCUGACGAUAUUGGACAUUGAAAUUAUGUACCAAACGUGCGCCUUCGAGUCGGCGUGGAAUGAAAAUGGCACCGCUUCUCCUUGGUGCGCAGUUUUUUCCAAGGAAAACCUGCAGGUGCUGGAAUAUUCAUCCGACUUGAAAUAUUUCUGGAACGACGGCUACGGUUAUGAAAUCAACCACGAGCAGGCCUGUCCAAUGAUCCAGGACAUGUUGGCGAAUUUCAAAAAUGCUUCUCGGGCGACUCAUCAUGCGAAAGGAGUGUUUUAUUUCACUCAUUCAGGCGCGCUGCUCAAAGUGCUCGCACAUUUGGGCUUGUACAGAGACAAAGAGCCUUUGCAGCACCACAAUUUCGAUCAACAUAAGAGCUCCAGGCUUUGGCGAGUGGGCAGAAUCGACAGCUUCGCCGCCAAUCUUGCUGCCGUCCUUUACAGCUGUGAAUCUACGCCAAAAGUACUGUUUCUGCACCAAGAGCAGCCGGUUGUUGUGAAAGGCUGUCCGAGCGAGGCGCCGUACCUUUGUCCUCUGCAGCAGUUGGAGGAAUUAUUUCCCUCCUGCCAGUUCGAUCAGAUUUGCAAGCUGCCGGACUCAAAAGACCGGUCCCAAUGACGAGAAGGAAAAAAAGAGGGUGCGCUACGUCGUGGGCAUCGUUUGCUCCAUAGGGGGUGUUUUUCUGCUCUACCACGCCAGCUCCGUGCAGAAGGGAUCGUCGAGUGCGAUCGCCGGAAUCCUAGUGCCGGCUGCGAU